CAACCACCUACUUUGCAGCGACACCAAAUCAGCGCAGCUAUGCCAAUGCAGCGCGAAGCCACGUAGUGUCACGCGGUGGUGUUGGGAAGGGCAGUACAUCACCAACGAGCCCGAAGAGGAGCAGGUGCCUUAAUGGAAACCCUAGUAGAAACAACGUACUCAGGAACGCUCUCCACAACGCCGCUUCGCAGGCAGCCUUGCAGUGCAAUCGGACGACCUCUGCCGCAGGAGCGCAGUGCGCGCAGCUGCACGUGGCAAGCACAGCUGCCAGCUCAUACCCGUCCGUUUACGAUCCAUCGAUCGGCCCAACGCCCUCUAUGGCGUCGAACAUGUCGAUGACCGCAUGGAGAAACCGACUCGCAACUUCAAGUCAUGCUGGCAGCACGGCGUCGGCACGUCGACCAACAUAUAACCAGGUUUGUCGAGCCUCGAACCUGACCCGCAAGAACUUCUGGAAGGGCGACGUAAUUGCAGUCCCCUUCCACACACCUUGCACUGAUCCCCAAGUCGACCCUGAGACAGAUGUUGCGUGGUCGAUGAGCAUGCAAGGACCGGUCUACUCUAAACGACGCAUGGUGGUCAUCUUAUGGAUACACGAACGUGACAUGUUCUGUCUACCACUUUUUACGUCCAACAAGUCGAGCCUGCGGAAUAAGAGUGAGCGAAUUAAGCACGAGUACGUCUCCGUGGCGAAUCAGGGGAAGCCACAUGUCAAUCAAGGCCAUUACCCACCAGUCGAAGUCGUCGCUAUGAAAAAGCCGUUGCACGAAGACAGUAUUAUUCACCUAGCCGGCGGCGUGAGAGUGGGUUGUAACGAGGAUAUCACAUGGGCGGGCCGAAUGACGAAGGAUGGCUACACUGCCGUCUUGAAGCUCUGGCAGGAUCUGAGCGAGCAUGCGCAAGCCGAGCCAUGGCGUACUUGAUUGGUACCAUAGCCUUCGGAGUAAAUAGAAGUGCCUGUAGCGUUCAAGAUCCCCGCCAGGUAUUGCUCCGCAUCAUUGGUGG